GCUGGGCUGCCUGAGGUUUGCGUGCACGACUUCUUUCGUUCUGAAGCCUCAAAUGUCAACCAUGCCAAUCCUGCGCCGCAUGCGCAAUCUCUUCACUAUGGCCUCCGUGCGGGCUGAAGUCUUCUCUGCCUUUAAGUUCAUUGAAGAGAUGGAUACAUGGCCCUACUACCAACAAGAUCCGACAGCUUACAAAAAGCACAUGGAGGACUUCUACUACUUCAUGGUAGAUGGAUACGCUCAGCCCUUUGGUUACAUGCACCGCGAAUUCUUGGACAACAUGACAUGGUCAGAUGAAUGGAAGGUCGAGCAAGACAGCCACUCGAUCAUCCUAUUACCCAGCAGCUUCGAAAGCCGCACGAAAGCGAUGAACGACACCUUGCGAGCCAACUUCGAAGAGAAUCGCGUAGUACGGAAAUGGUUCAAUGAAAAUUUUGCAAUCACCACUCCAAGCGGCGAACACGUGCUAGACAUGGACGGAGGCGGUGUUGAUCUGUUUGGCGUUGUCACACAAGGAGUACAUCUGACUGGCUUCACACGAACUGAGCAGGGGCUGAAGUACUGGGUUCCCCGGCGAUCAUACAACAAGACGACGUUCCCAGGUCUCCUCGACAAUUUCGUUGCUGGAAACCUAGGUUCGAUGGAACGUCCUAUCGAUGGCAUGGUACGUGAGGUUUUCGAGGAGACAGGCAUUCCAGAAGCCUACACUCGUGAACAUAUCAUAGCUUGCGGGACUUUGACGUAUCAGAUGACUGUUACCAAUGAUGGACGUCCUGGCUGUCAGCACCAUUCACAGUACGUUUACGAGAUGGAGCUUUUGGAAGGUGUAGUACCACAGCGACAUGAUGGCGAGGUGGAAAGUUUCGAGCUCAUGUCAUUGAAGGAGGUUCAAGCGGCUCUGAUGCGGGGAGAGUUCACGCCGAACCGGACUCUUACGUAUAUUGCGCAUUUUAUUCGUCAUGGCAUUGUUGACGCGGAGAACGAGGAGCGCAUCGUUGAGCUAUGCGCUCGCUUACACAGGAAACAUGAUCUGUUCAUCGUGUGAUUUUUGGACCUGGAUGCUCGAACUGAAUCUGGGAAUGUAGACCAGCACCAUUCAAAUUUUACUGUGUUAC